AUGCUAGCUCGACCUCGAUUGCGCUUCUUUACGGCACUUCGAUCGCCCAUAUCUACACGGCGGCUUGCGACCGAGUCGCGGCUAGCCUCGGACCAUGUUCGCAUCGUUGAAGUCGGUCCUCGGGAUGGAUUACAGAAUGAAAAGCAGUCUAUCUCAAAGGAGACUAAAUUAGAAUUGAUUCAACGACUGGCCAAGACGGGCGUUACCACCAUAGAGGCAGGGUCAUUCGUUCCGGCAAAAUGGGUGCCGCAGAUGGCCAGUACUUCAGAAAUCUGCGAGAAACUUCUUGUGUCGCCACCUUCUGCUCAACAUACGAUUGCCUACAACUACCUUGUCCCAAACAUCAAGGGACUUGAAAGCCUAGUGAGAAUCAUGGAUGACACGGGUGUUCCGGCGGACGCGACUGGUGUUGAUUCAAAAGCUGCCACUACAACAGAGAUAUCUCUAUUCGCAGCAGCCACCGAAGCAUUCUCAAAAGCCAACACAAACUGCACCAUUGCUGAGUCGCUCGAGCGUAUCAAGCCAAUUGUCACAUUGGCGAAGGCCAGGAACAUUCGGGUGCGUGGAUACGUCUCCGUGGCCCUGGGUUGCCCUUAUGAAGGUCCCGAAGUCAAUCCCUCAACAGUGGCGGAUAUAACUGCGACGCUACUGGAAAUGGGCGCCGACGAGGUUUCAGUCGCCGACACCACAGGCAUGGGCACGGCGCCAAGGACCAUGGAACUUCUACAAGCCUUGAAGGCUGCUGGCAUUGCCAAUACAGACUUAGCACUACACUUUCAUGAUACCUAUGGGCAGGCUCUGGUCAAUACGCUUGUGGGACUGGAACAUGGAAUUCGUAUAUUUGACAGCAGCGUUGGUGGAUUAGGUGGCUGCCCAUAUUCUAAGGGUGCGACUGGGAAUGUUUCGACGGAAGAUCUCAUCCAUACGAUUCAUAGCCUUGGUAUGCACACAGGCGUCAACCUGGAGGAAAUGUCGCGCAUUGGGUCAUGGAUUAGUGGGGAGCUUGGGAGGGUGAACGACAGCCGAGCAGGCAAAGCGACACUAGGUAGACUAUCGGAGCAAUGA